UUUUUUUUUAUUUAAUCGAAGACCGCCCUGUCGGAUCAUUUGUGUUUGGUGGAACGCAAUGCAGGUCGUUUUUAUUGGGCCAAUGGCAGGCGAUUUCACGUGCCUGGGCGGAUUCUCCGAGCACUGAACUGUUUUCGGAUUUGCAGCGCCGGAACUGCAAGCCGGUUGAGCUGGAAGAUGAACGAGAGCCCAUUGAUCAGGAACAGGAGCUGGGUGGGCGAGCCGGCAGAUCGCUAUAAAACUAUUCUGAUUUGGCCGCCGCGGCAGCUUGUGCCAAACAACAGUGCUCCAUUUGUUUCCUGCCUCCUCCCUUCCCUCUGCUAUCUACCUCGUACUCUCCUCUCCAGCUCCGGCUCUCUUUUUACUUUUCUAAUUCCCAUCUCGCGCUGAAAGGAACGCCUACUCAUCUCCAGAUUAAAGCAGAAAUGUCGAGCAACAAGAAGGAACUUCUCGAGCCCACCCCCGAGCUUUCCAAGGCCCUGCACCAGACGGUGGUCGAGGACCAGUCUGCCAGCUCCCUGGUGAGCCGUCUGAGCGGCAAGGACAAGACUCUGCAGACCGAGUCGGUCAACACCUACCAACAGUUCUGGAAGGACUCUGAGAACAACAACGAGGAGUCGCGCGCGUCGCUGUACAAGACGCUGACCAACACGUACUACAACCUGGCGACCGACUUUUACGAGUACGGGUGGGGCGAGAGCUUCCACUUUGCGCGCAAGGCAAUCGGCGAGACGCUGCGCGAGAGCAUCCGGCGGCACGAGCACAUCCUGUUCAGCGCAGCGCGCAUCAAGCCGGGCAUGAAGGUGCUUGAUGUGGGGUGCGGCGUUGGCGGCCCUGCGCGCGAGUGCAUUCGGUUCUCGGGCGCCCACGUGACCGGUCUCAACAACAACGACUACCAGAUCCAGCGCGCCAACAUCUAUGCCAAGAAGAACCAGCAGGAGCAUCUGUCGACCUUUGUCAAGGGCGAUUUCAUGCACAUGCCGUUCGAGGAGAACAGCUUCGAUGCCGUGUACGCCAUCGAGGCCACGUGCCAUGCGCCCAAGCUGGAGGGCGUCUACAGCCAGAUGUACAAGGUGCUCAAGCCCGGAGGCUACUUUGCCAUUUACGAGUGGUGCCUUACUGACAAGUUCGAUGAGAACAACGAGCUGCACAAGAAGGUCGCGCUGGAGGUCGAGCACGGCGACGGUAUCGCCAAGCUGUUCUCCACUGAUGUUGCUCUGCAGGCCGCCAAGAAUGCUGGCUUUGAGAUUGAGAUCGCCAGCGACCUGGCCCACGAGACGACUGUCGGAAACGAGAUCCCCUGGUACGCGGAUCUCGACUGCGGACUCAUCAACUUCAACGGCAUCCAGGGAUUCGCCCGCUCGCAGAUUGGUCGUGUCUUCACUUCCAACGCUGUCAAGCUGCUUGAGAAGAUCGGCAUUGCGCCCCAGGGCACCGUGCAGGUUCAGGAUGUCCUGAUGACGGCCUCUGAUGGUCUGGUUGCUGGCGCCAAGCUCGAGAUCUUUACCCCGAUGUACCUCAUCGUUGGCCGCAAGCCGCUCAACUAAAAUUAUCUUUACCGCUUUCUUCCAAUUCCCAACAGUCUCGCAAACCAUGUGUGGCAAUGAAGAAACAGAGGCCGGGCGCUUUGUCUGCUUUUUGGUGCAUAUUGCAGGGAGCAUUCCAAUGGUCUGUCGACCCCGUGCUUGCCAGAUUUGGAGAGACAUGGGCGGAUUUUUUUAGAUGCUGUGUAUAUCCAACUUUACGUAUUGACCUCUGUGGCUUCAAUGCAUGUCUUCACAUGCAUUA